AUGAAAAGCGACGAACAGUUCCUCAACCACAGUUUAAAACAACUGCGAAUCCGUCAAUUCUGGACACAGAAGGGCCAUUCCGUAUCCUUCGCUUUUUAUUUUCGCUAUUUUCUGACUGUCGUCAUCUGCUCGCCCUUUUGGGUGGGACUUCUGCUUCACUUCAUCGUUGUUAUAAAAGACGAUCUAGACGUGGAUUUAAGUGGAGACGUUUCUGUAUUAACAUCCAUAGUUGGUGUCCACUUCAUGUCGAUCUCCAUCGUCUGGAAACAUAAAGAAAUCUCCGACCUCUUCGACGCAUUAACCGCCCCUACGGAAUUUGGAAAACCUGACGAUUUCGAGAAAAACGUUCGCAAACUCAACUUGUACUCCAAAUCGUACGACUUUUACUGCUUGACGGGUGUGUUCGUUUACAUAUUCAUAAAGCACAGAGAGAUUCCGCACUGUCUUCGCAACAACGAAGAAAAAGGCUUACAGGAAAUCUGCGGUCUGCUCACCCCAACUUGGACUCCGUUCGACAUGAAUUUCAACCGUUUCCCCUACAGACAAUUUCUACUCACCAUGCAGACCAUAAGCGUGUUUGUACUUAUUUGUGGAGGCGCUGUUAUUUCUUUCACGACUUUUGAAAUUGCAAGUGUCAUCGUUUUAAAAAUGAAGCAUCUUCGCAAACUGUUGAGGAGCGUUUUUGAUGACCCGAAGGACAUGGUUUGGUGGAGGAAUCUCGACCAUUGCAUACGAUACCACAGACAUAUCAUCAGUUUGCAAGAGCUGUUUGACAUGCAGUUUAAGUAUCCCAAUGGAAGUUACGUUGUGGUAGUGGGUGUCGUUAUCGCCGGGCUAGCCAACCAAUACAUGAAAGAAAACAAUUUCGGCGCGAUCAUUCACCUAGGUGGAUGGGUUUUUAGUUUCUUUAUUUGUUGUCAUGCUGGACAAAUUUUGCUGACGGAGAGCAUGAAGAUACCCAGCGCAGUUUAUAAUUCCAAGUGGUAUAAAGUCCCGGUAGACUUGCAGAAAAUUGUUUUGAUGAUAAUUACGCGAGCGCAACAACCCAUGGAAUUGCAUGCAGCACCCAUUGGGGUCAUGUCGCACGAACUUUUUAUCACUUUGGUGAAGACGUCGACUUCUUAUUUCGCUCUUCUUAGGCAAACGACUUAA